AUGGGAGGUGAACGCUGGAGUCGUGACCGCGUCUAUGACCGAGACCGGGUUGAGGACGACAGCUACUACCCGAGAGGCGGCCGUGGCCGGGAACGUUCAGAAGAUCGGUUUGACCGUCGCCUGUACUUUGAAGACGACUACGUCCGCGACCAGAGGCACCAUGAUGAUGCUCCAUACGAGGCAAGAAAGGAACCCGCAAGGCCACCAGCAUUCGAUCCCCGCGUUGUGAUGGAAAAGGACCGAGACGCAGACUUUCAUCGUGGCUCUUCCCCACGCCGGCCCGCCUUCCUUCGACGACAGUCUUCUCUGGACACAUACGAUCGUCGCCCCCUGCGACAUGUCCUCGAGCCCCGUCACGAGUACCCGCCUCCUGCCCGGCGAGAAGACUUGCACAGAGAUGACUAUCGGGCCCCUCCUUAUGCACCCAUCCCUCUACCAAGAGCCCGCGGCUUGCCGCCACCUGGCCGACGUGAGGACCGAUACUAUGACGACUAUCGCCCAUCAGAGCCCGACUACUAUCCCGACGAGGAGCUGCACAGGCAUUUUCCCGACAGGUUCAGGGAGAGAGAAGUGAUUCGAGAACGUCAUGUCCGUGAUCGGAGCCGGGAAUCCCGCACGACCAGGAGUCACACGCACCGUAGUAGCUCCCGGUCCUCGCUCAGCAGCUCUUCCAGCAGCGCCGGAGGCACCACUGUUCGCAGCGAAUACCCAAAGAAGGGCAAGACGAAGAUUCCAGCACGUCUCGUGUCUAGAAGAGCCCUCAUCGACCUGGGGUACCCCUACAUUGAAGAGGAAAACACCAUUAUUGUUCAAAAAGCCCUGGGACAAGAGAAUAUUGAUGAAUUGUUGAAACUGAGCGAAGAGUACAACAGAGCCGACCAAGAAGUGGUCAUUACACGCUCCCGCGCGGGGACUGUUGUUGGAGAGAGGAUUGAGGAGAGGACAGAAUACGCCGCCGAAAUGACGGCACCGCCACCACCACCACCACCUCCUCCUGUUGCUGCCCCAGCACCUCCUCCGCCGCCUCCUGUCGUGGCACCCCCUCCCCCUCCCGCUCCAGCCGCCGCUCCGACCGUUGUAGAUGCUUCGCCUCGUGUGACGGAGACUGUCGAGGUGGACAAGACAAUCAUUCGCGCGUCAUCACCGACGCAGUCUUGGAGCAGCUGGGAUUCCGGCCAUCACCAUCGCCGUCAUCACCAUCACCAUCACCACCACGAUGACGGGGCACUGGUGGUUGUUCCUCGCUCACGAUCGCGAUCCCGAACUCGCCACGACAUCCGAGCCGAGAUCAAGGCGUUGGAACGAGAAUUAGUGCGUCGACCAAAGACGGAAGUGGAGCGCCAAGUGGUUCGCACCGAGAGACUGCCAAACGGCGAGGUGGUGAUUUACGAGGAGGAAGUGGAGCGAAGCAUUGCCCGGCCCAAGCCUCCAAGGAUCGAGAAGGACAAGAAAGGCCCACCUCCAGCUCUGCUUCGAGCGAUGCUUGCUACGCUUACAUGA